GCGAAAAUUCUCAACCCCUUUAUUCAUGCUGUCACUAACGGAGUCAAAGUUCACGUUUCUUGCUCCGAAAGGCACCAACGUGUCCUCGUCGGUGGAACCUAUGGUGCCGAAAUUAGACUCGGUUUUGGGCAACAAGGUGCCUUCGGACUCGCUUUUUUCCAAGUCAGCUUUUUCGAAGUUUUUGCUCAACAAACACUGUUUAGAGAACCUUGAGUUUUACCAGUCGCUUCAGCUCUUCAUCGAAAACCAUAACACUGAUCGCAACGUGUGGAAGAUACUCUACGAGGAGUAUUUCGAGAACAACGCCUCAAGCGAGAUCAAUCUCCCUGGAGACUUGAAAGCUGGUCUUUCGGGGUCUACGAUACCCGAAAUCAGUCUUCUGCAGAGAUUUCUCUCCAUAACGAAACACUAUCUUCACGACUCCUACCAGGAAUUCACCCGACAGGUGCUAGAAAAAAUGUUUGUUACUGUGGAAUCCUCGUCGGAAGAAGACGAUACGUUGGAGCGGGACGAGACCAACGAGCGCGCGCCGGGCAAAACACAGAGAAACCAAAGCUUCUCCUCUAUCUCCUCCGCUAAGAGCGGUUCAGGGUCAUCCUGGGCAAAGUGGGGCAAGAAAUUACGCUGGCGUAGAAGCUCUUCUGUCUCCGAUUGACUGGGAGAGCUCCUCUAUCACUGAACGCUGGUUCAGUUACGAUUUAUGAUUGCAUAGACUGUGUACUACUAUUAUCUGCUAGACGGUUAUUUCCCAUGUGUGGCGCAGUAUGGCUCGUGACGUUUGUCUUACCCGGCCAAAUAUUGUGGCUACUAAUUUUCACUAAUCAUUCGAUUAAGCAUCAUAAUCCGUUGCCCUUUUUCACGUGGUUUCGAUAUAUAACCAUGUCUGGUUUCGUGAACUCCCAAGACUUCAGCAACGUACAACAGGGCGCUUCUUCGUCAAACACGAGUAUGCCGGACGAUACCCCGAUGGCUCUAUUAGAGCAACUUGUCUAUGUGGACAACUUCAUGAACAACGCUGACGAGAACGACCUCUCUGCCGAGCCUAAUUUCGACGACCAGCUCAGCGUCGAGCUUGCUGCUUUUGCCGAUGAUUCGUUCAUUUUCCCCGACGAGGAAAAACCAAAGUUGAAGGUGGAAUAUUCCAACAGCAACAACAACGAUCAUUUCGACCACUUCGAGUCCUCUGACGGCGCCCAGGGCUCCAUCCCUUCCACCAUAUCCGAGUUAUUGCAAAGACCCUAUUCGCAGCUUCAAAAUGACCAUGUGCCUGCCGGUUCCGCGCAGAAACCAGAACUGAGCUCUGAGUCCAGUCUUCCGAAAGUGACAGUGCCCCGCGGGGCGCAAAAUACUCUGUCCGCUGCUGGCCUUUCACAAACGCAGAUCGAGGCGCUUGCGACACUCAUAGCCUACCACAAACCCGACAUCAUCCAACGAGAAAAUUCCUCUUCACAGUCGAGCUCAGGAUCUCAGAACGGCUCGGCGUCGGGCGCCCAGGUGUCGUCGUUCGAACCGCUGGAGGCCAGUUCCAGCUCGCAAAUCGUGCCCAUGUCGUCUACUGUCUCGCCGGACGUGUAUUCAUCUGAGCCUAAGGAGUACGUGGAAACAGAUAAAAGAAGACGCAAUACGGCGGCAUCUGCGCGGUUCAGGAUCAAGAAGAAGUUGAAAGAGCAGGAGAUGGAGAGAAAACUGAAAGAACUUACGGACCUAUCGAGAAAUCUCGAAUUAAAAAUACAACAGCUCGAAAUGGAGAACCGUCUGCUCCGAAAUCUGGUGGUGGAAAAAGGUAGUCAAAGAGACAGCGAGGAACUGGAGCGAUUGCGCAAGAAGGCACGGAUCAGCGUAGAUCAGGAAGGUUUCCCGAAGCCAAACUAGGCCCUUUGGAAAAGUGACGAUAUGUAUUUCAGGAAAAUAAAAAGCUAAUGUUAC